AUGUCUUAAAUAGUAAUAUUAUUAAUUAUUUCAAAUAGGAACAAAGCCAAUAUUUGGAGAAUAUUGUUAGGUAUGCUUUAAUAAAUUAAAAUUAAAUUAGAUUACAUAUAGAAAUGUUUGAAAUACAAGAGGACCAAAGUGACGUGAGUAUUGCACAGAUCCAAGAUUCAAAUUAUCUUAAGCUAUCCAAAAGGUAAUCAUUUAAUUCAGACACAAUUCUUCAAUGGAAUACCUUAUAGGAGAAUCUUUAAUUGCAAUAUAAUUUGCUAAAUAAGGGUACUUUUGUGGCAAUUGCAAAUUAGAAAAUGAAACUAAGAAUGAGCGCAUUUAGAUUCUUUUGAAUACAGUGGAGAAGUAUUACAAGACAUAGCUUCGGUAUAAGGACUUGCGUAGAUUGUACAAUCAACAAUAAGCAAAUAAUUAUAAUCAAAUACAAUGUGUAUUGGGGUACAAAUUUGAAAAUGUUCAUUCUGAUGUACAAAAGUUUUUAUUUUUGUUGAUGGAAAACCAAGAACUUUUUGCAUAAUUGAUUCACUCAUCUUUGGAUAUUGGUGCUCAUAAUUUGGAUGAGUUUAUAUUUGAUAUUCUAGCAUUCCUUUAUGAUCCCAUUGUAGGAGCUGGCCUUUAAGAAGGAGUUUUUAAAUUAUUAAGCGAACUCUUAAAAUUAGAGUUAAUUAAUCUAAAAAAUCCAAUAGAGUUAUUUCAAGAUAAAAAUAACCUAGUUUGCAAAUUUCUUAUAGGAUUCAGCAAAGGACCAUUAUGUUAAUCAUAUAUACAAUAGGUAUGUGGAUAGGCAUUAAACUUACUUAUGAAUGUAAAAGAAGAGUUAGAAUUAAAUCCUAAGAUGUAUCAUAUAUCAAUUUGAAUCAUAGUAUUUAUGAACAGUAGUUGAAAUUGAAAGAAAGCAAAGAGUCUGCGAAACUACUUAAAUUAAAACAGGAGAAUAAAGCAAGGAAAAUAAUGUUUAAUAUUCUUCCUAUUUUAAUGUAGGGAACACAGGAGAAUAAAGAUAUUAAUGUUUAUGAGAAUGUGAGAAGAACUAAAAUUCCUGACUCUUUACUGAAUGAAAUAAUUGAAUAAAUUACUCCAUCAAUUUAAUCCUAUUGCCAAACACCAUUAUAGAGGAUAGUAGACCCUUAAUUAGUAGAGGAAACAGCUAAAAUAUUAUAUGAUAGACGCAAAGUGACUGAGAUGAUUGUUAACUCUAUUUGUGACAAUAUCAUAAAUAGUUUACAUAAUCUACCUUUUAUAAUGAGAGCCUUAUGUCGAUUGUAAUACCAAAUCUUUAAAGUCGUUUAUUAAUCUUAUAAAUAAGAGGACCUAUUUAGUUUGCUAAUUUAAUUUCUUAUCAAUAAAUGGGUGUUACCUGAAUUCACCGCAAUGUUUCUUAAUUAACAAUCAUUAGAAUCAUCUAAAUACUAAACUAAUAAUAUUGCAGUAGUAAGUAAAAUCCUAUUGGGUGUUUGGAAGGGAGAAGCUAUUGAAGGUCUCAAAAUUACAUUAACAAGUCCAAAUGUUUUAAGUUAUUUCAAAGUUUUAAUUGAACUCCCUCAAACCUAAUUGAAUUUUUAUAUCAAAGAAAAAACGGAAAAACCCUUUCUCUCCUAUUUACUCUCCAUAUCAGAUUUAUAAAUUUUAUUAAAUACAAUAACAAAAUCAAGGAUUGAAGGCUCAUUAGGAGGUAAACAAUUAACCAGAUACACAGAUUUAAGGGAACUGGCAGAAAGUAUUCUGCGAUAUAAUUUGAAAAUGGGAGGUGAUUAUAUGAAUAAUGCUGUGUAAUGGAAAGGAUAGAAAGUAUUAGCUAAUAAUAUGCAUUUUGCAGUACAUAGACUAUCUGAUCUAUAUAAUGUCAAUUAUAUUGAUAUUGCUUUUAAAUUCACAGAGAAGUUCAGUGCAUAAGACAAGGAAGAGCUGUUGUUUAUUUCAAAAGCCAAAUAAGUUGUGGCUUAAUUUUUAAUUUCUAUUGAAAGAAUAUCACUUUUGGCUAAAUUAAGGAACAAUAUUAUUUUAAGCUUUGACAACCUAAUAUAUAUGUACAAAGAUGUAAUUUAAGUGAUAUAAUUUAGUCUUAUGAAAAUAAGGGAUAAGUGAUUAAACAGUAUGAGAACAUUUCGCCUUAAUUAUAUGCGAAUUAUUUGCUAUCUAUUUAUAAAAUGAUUCCGAAUCAAUAUACUAGCAAUAAUCUAUCACUUUUAUGCCAAGAAAUGAUCUAAGAAUUUGAUUAGAAGGUUACUUAUGCAAAAAAUCGUAAGUACUCUUUGUUUCUUAUAUAGAACAAAAGGCAAUGUUAGAAGCAUUCUUGAAAAUUAUAACUCAACUUAAAACUGAGAGAAAUGAAAUUAAAUCUUUGAACAAAAUGUUAAAAACCAUUGAAUUAAAAAAAAAGUUAACCUAUUUUUUAAAAAAUAUUAAGAUUCCAUGCUUGUUGAGUUUCAGAUAUGGAUAAAUCAAUUUGAAUUCAAUUUAAGACUCAUCUAAAACUAAAUCAUUAGAUCCAAAGGAUAACGAAAAAUAAUAAUUUUUAUAGAUUGUGAAUGGAACAGAUCUGAAUUCACUAUAGUUGGAAUUGCCAUUUUAGAGCAUCAGAGACUUUAUCGAUAUAUUGAGUGGAUUGAAGCAUUUGCAACUUGCCUUAGAGGGAGAUUAGGUUUAUAUAGAGAUGUAAUAUAUAUUCUAACCUUUUAGAGUCUCGAAACUGUUUUAGAACUAUAUGAAAUUAGUGGAAGAAAAGUUAUAAUAAUAAUCAUUUUUCCCAUAAAAUUAGAACUUAAAAAAAAAUAAUCAAUAUAUUGAUUUAUGUUUUGAAACAGCAGAAAAGUCUAUUGUACGCAGAAUUAUGAUGAAGUAUUGUACCAUUAAUGAAAUCAAAGAAGACAAAAAUUUUAUCGAAUAAUGUCAAUAAAAAUUGAAACACCUUGAAGAAUAGUAAGAAGUUAAGAUUUGCUUAUCAGAAUUGCCUAUGUUAUAGAAAAUGAGUGAAUGUAUUUAGUGAUAUUAUGAGAUUAGCUUUUAGAUAGAUUGAUUAAGUAAUGACUCCCAUUGAGAAAUUACAAAUGAUUUCUGAUUGUUUGAGUAACACAUCUUAGUUAUUGAAGAUAUCUGGAAUCGAUGAUAAUCCUGGUUAAGAUGGAACACUGCCAGUUUUUAUUUAUUUAGUUGCUUAAGCAUGUCCAAAAUUUAUGAAGACAAAUUUGAAUAUAAUCUAAUCUUUAUUCAACUUUGAUCGUUGGAAGAAUUCAACUUACCCAUUUUCAUCAACUUAAUUAUAAGGAGCAUAUGAAAAUAUUAUAAGUUGA